AUGGGAUUUUUGCACGUGGUCAUAAAACAGAAAAAAUCCAGCAAGAAAUCCAAACAUAGCAAGAAAAAAAAGGAUACAAAACCACACAGGAAAAAAGAUUCAGGAGUACCUCAACUGUCACGCUUCAAAGAACAUGUCAAAAAGGAACUGGCCCUAAGGCAGAAAAGGGUGAAAGAAAUGCAGGAGCGGCAACAAACGGCACGACAAAAGGAAAUCAGCCGCUUUCGGAGCCUGGAAGGGUUGCAGAAGGAUGCCUUGCACAGACAGCAGCUCUUUGAGCAGAAGGAGAUGGAUCUGAAGCAAUUGGCCAAACAUGCCCUACUGGAAAAAGACAGCUCUUGCAAGGCGUAUUACAAAGAGUUCAGGAAGGUAAUUGAAGCAGCCGAUGUGAUCUUGGAAGUCCUUGAUGCUCGGGAUCCUCAAGGUUGCCGAUGCCCCCAGGUUGAAGAAGCAGUGGUGCAGGCUGGAACCGACAAGAGAUUGGUUUUGGUGUUGAAUAAAAUAGAUCUGGUAUCUAAAGAGAUUGUUGCAAAAUGGCUGAAGUAUCUGAGAAAUGAAUUUCCUACAGUGGCCUUUAAAUCCUCCACUCAGCAACAGAGCAAAAACCUGCAACAGAGCCAUGUCCCAGUAACCCGAGCAUCAAGUGAUUUGCUCGGCAGUGCAGCCUGUGUUGGGGCAGAUUGCCUCAUGAAGGUGCUUGCAAACUAUUGCCGGAAUCAGGAUGUCAGAACAACAAUCACCGUUGGAGUUGUGGGCUUCCCAAAUGUUGGCAAAAGCAGCUUGAUCAACAGCUUGAAGAGGAGCCGAGCUUGCAAUACUGGUGCCACUCCUGGCAUCACCAAGUCUCUGCAAGAAGUGCAGCUGGACAAGCACAUAAAACUCUUAGAUUGUCCAGGGAUUGUCAUGGCUUCUCCCACUUCAGAUGCUGCCAUGAUUCUGCGAAACUGCAUCAGAAUAGAACAACUGGCAGAUCCCGUGAGUCCAGUGGAGGCCAUCUUGAAACGAUGCAACAAGCAGCAGAUUAUGCAGCAUUUCAGCGUGCCAGAUUUUCAGAACACCACGGAGUUCCUGGCAUAUCUGGCCAAGCGGCAGGGCAAGCUGAAAAAAGGAGGAAUACCAGACCAUGAGAAGGCUGCCAAAGCCGUGCUCAAUGACUGGACUAGUGGAAAAAUCAGCUAUUUCACACAUCCGCCUGAGACACACACACUUCCUACUCACAUCAGUGCUGAGAUUGUGACGGAGAUGGGCAAAGCCUUUGAUUUUGAGGCAUUGGAGCAGGAGAAUGAGAAGGCUUUGGCUA